AUGUCGAAGACCCCGCGGACUCCUCAAACACCGAGGACUCCAAUGACUCGUUCAAUCGAAGUCCUCGACGAGCUUAUUGGAGAUGUUAUGGAAGAUGGACAAACAACAUUUGAGUUUAUGAGAGAAAGUCGAAUCAAAAAUCUCGAAGAAACAAAAGAAAGCUUCAAACGUCAACUUGAAGAAAAGCAAAAGUUAAUAGAAUUAUUAAAAUCAGAACAAAAGAGUUUUAUAGCAAAGGUCGACAAAAUAAUUCUAGAUCUCCUUAGCGCUUCUGAUUUACAGAGCCAAAACGAAAAGAAGCUUAAGAAAAUUCAAAACAAUAAGAGUGGUUAUGAAAAAUCUAUGAAACUAUACCACUAUUUGCUCGAAAACAAUCAGGGUGGCGAUACAAGCUCAAUUGAGAGAUUAGUUGCUCAAAUCUAUGGAUACUCCUGCCUCAUUCAAAACAUCUGCGACGGCAAAAAUACACCUAUCAAUUUCCAGGAAAAAAUUACAGAAAGUGAUAAGGAUUCACUCAGAACAAUUGCAGCUAAAACUACAGAAUCUUUGCAGAAUAUGAUGCUUGAUACAACAAGUCCCCUUUAUACUGUUAAUGAUGCUCUUGAUUUGAAUUUUAAUCCGAAAAACAGACUUGAUCAAAUUAAUUCUUUCCUUAAUAAUGGAAAAUUCUCUGAACAAGAGCUUAAAUCGAUGCUUUUCCAAGAAUAUGUACUUGUUGAUGUUUUGAGACAAAGCAUCGACGAAAACUCCAAAUCUCCGAGGAAAUCACCUCAAAGCAAAAAGGAUAUUGAGGCUGAAGUUGAAAGGCGCUUACGUCCACAAAUUAAAGAAGAACUCAGAGAUUCUCUUGCAUCUGAAAUUGAAAAGAAGCUCAGGCCAAAGAUCGAAAAGGAACUCUCAAGAAAAUUGAGUCCUUCAAAGGAAGCCCAACUUCGCAAUCAAAUUGCUGAUGAACUUCGAGAUUCAAUUCAAAAAGAGCUUGAAUCUUCUCUUCGUCCACAAAUUGAGAGUGAGUUAUCAAGUAAACUCAGAUCGCAAAUUGAAUCCGAAAUUAGAUCCCAAAUGGAAGAAGAGGAAGACGAUGCAAGGGAAAAUCUUGAAAGAGAGCUUACAAUUAAGCUUACACCGCAGAUUGAGAAAUCUCUUCGUCCAAAAAUAAGAAAGGAGCUCGAAAAUUCUCUUCAUGAUGAAAUUGCAGAUCAAAUCAGACCACAAAUCCAAAAAGACUUGAUUUUAACACUCAGACCACAAAUAGAAGCUGAAGUCACACAGAAACUCAGACCACAAAUUGAAAGUGAAGUAAGAGCAGAAUCAUCUCCAAAGAGAAGACAGCUUGAACGCGAAAUUGCUCAGAAGCUUAGACCACAAAUUGAAGAAGAACUCAGACCAAAGAUCGAGGAGGAAGUCAGAGCCGAAAAUCAGCAAAACAACGAUGCAAUGAGAAAGAAACUCGAAAGAGAAGUUACACAGAAGCUUAAACCUCAGCUCGAAGAAGACCUCAGUAAGUCAAUGGAAGCAUCUCUUCGUCCUUCAAUCGAAAAAGAGCUCACAAAGAAGUUAAGACCACAAAUUGAAUCCGAAAUCAGACCAAAGAUCGAAGAAGAGAUUAGAGAAGAGCUUGAGAACGAAAAUGAGCUCAACAAGUCUCAACUUGAGAAGGAUUUGACCAAGAAAUUAAGACCUCAAAUCGAAUCAGAUCUCAGACCAAAGAUUGAAGAAGAAAUAAGAGAAGAACUCGAGGAUGAAAUCAGAGAACAAUUAGAAAAUGAAAACUCUCUUAACAAAUCCCAACUUGAAAGAGAUUUGACAAAGAAAUUAAGGCCACAAAUCGAAUCCGAGCUCAGACCAAAGAUAGAAGAAGAGCUUAAGAAAGAUUUCGAACUCAACAAGUCCCAACUUGAAAGAGAUUUGACAAAGAAAUUAAGGCCACAAAUCGAGUCAGAACUCAGACAAAAACUUGAAGAAGAGCUUAAGAAAGAUUUCGAACUCAACAAGUCCCAACUUGAAAGAGAUUUGACCAAGAAGUUAAGACCACAAAUUGAAAACGAAUUAAGACCGAAAAUUGAAGAAGAAAUCAGAGAAGAACUCGAGAACGAAAACGCUCUUAACAAGUCACAACUCGAGAGAGACUUAACAAAGAAAUUAAGGCCACAAAUCGAGUCAGAACUCAGACAAAAAUUUGAAGAUGAAAUCAGAGAAGAACUCGAAAAUGAAAACGAUUUCAACAAGACACAACUCGAAAAGAAGAUGAGACAACAAAUAGAAAUAGAGCUCAGACCAAAGAUCGAACUAGAACUCGAGAAUUCCUUCAAUAAAUCUCAAAUCGAGAAAGAUUUGACAAAGAAAUUAAGACCACAAAUUGAAGCAGAAUUAAGAGAACAAAUUGAGAAAGAAAAUUCAUUGAAUCAUUCUCAGAUAGAAAAGGAUCUUUCCAAUAUGUUGAGGCCACAAAUCGAAGCAGAACUUAGACCACAAAUUGAAGAACAAGUAAGAGAGGAAAUCGAAUUAGAAAAUUCACUUUCCAAAGCACAGUUUGAGAAAGAUUUGUCUAAGAAACUUAGACAACAAAUCGAAACAGAACUAAGACCAAAGAUAGAAGAAGAAUAUUCAAUCAAUAAGUCACAAUUAGAAAAAGACGUUUCAAACAGAAUUAGACAACAAUUUGAAGCAGAUUUAAGAGAAACAAUUGAAGACGAAAUCAGAGAAAAUGUUGAAAAAGAAAACCAAAUCAAACUCAACAAAUUGAAGUUGCAGAUCGAAAAUGAAGUAAGAGAAGAAUACGAACAACAGAACAAAUUAGCUCUUGAACAAAUGAAGAAGAAACAGACUUUGGCAAGAUCACAAAUUGAAGAUCAAAUUAAGUCCCAAGUUGAAUCCGAAAUUAAACAAAGUUAUGAAGCGAAAUUUGCAACUUACAAGAGAGAUUUCUCAGAAAAACUUAGAACACAAGUUGAAGAAGAGCUCAGACAACAAUAUGAACAAGAGAACUCUUUGAACAGAAAGAAACUCGAAAGAGAAAUUUCCCAAAAGAUGAGAAAACAAAUCGAACAAGAACUCCGUCCAAUUAUCGAAGAAGAAAUGCAGAAUUCAUCAGACUUAUCAAAGAAGAAGAUGGAAAGAGAGAUAACAAUGAAACUAAGAAGCGAAAUAGAGAGUGAAGUGAGAAAAGAUCUCGAAGAAGAAAACAAAAUCAUCAGAAAGAAGAUGGAAAGAGAAAUCACAAACAAAGUUAGACAACAAUACGAAUCAGAAGUCACAAAUGAAACAAGACAAACUGAUUCUUACGCGUUCACUUCCAAUGGAAAAUUCGCUCAACAAAUCGCAAAUGAAGUCAAACUUUCUCUUGGAAUCUCCGGAUUUGAUGAAAAACAAUUGGAAGAUGUCCACAAAGUUGUUCGCCAAGCUCUUGGUCUUUCUUACAAGACAUACAGCGCUUACAAGUUCGUCAAUGAUACAAAGAAAUUGGCUCAGGAUUGUGUUGUUGCAAGGAAAUCUUACAACGUUCCAAAUAUGUCGAUUUCAUCUUUGAUCGAUGAUCUCGCAAAGAGAAUGCAAUCUCUCGACGAAUUGAACACACACAACAGAGGAUUACUCACUGCACAAUCAACUGAAAUUGCAAGAUUAAGAAUCGAAGUUGGCAAUGGAAGAUGGUUGAAGUGGUCGUCGAGUUUGUUCAAGUUGUUGACAGGAAAGAAUUAUUACGGAAAUGACGUAGCAGAGUUGAGAGAUAUGAUUGAAGAAGCUGCUUUGGAAAAUGGAGAAAGAAAUAGAAUAUGGAAUUUGGCAGAAGAAAAGAGAAAAACAGAAGAGAAGUUACAGGGUUCGCCGCCGGAAUUGACGCCAUCGCCACUCAGGAACUCUCUUCAGUCUGGUAGUGGUUUGUACGCAACACCUACAAAGUAA